AUGCCGAAAAAUAGCAAGGUGGCAAAAAGAGAACUAGAUGAUGAUGUCAUCGAAUCUGUCAAAGAUCUCCUUUCUAACGAAGAUUCUGCUGAUGAUGCCUUUAAGAAGAGUGAACUAAUUGUUGAUGAUCCAGAAGAAAAAGACACUGAUGUUGAAAAAGGCUCUGAUGUGGACCGUGAAAGGCCGGCUUGGAACAGCAAGCUGCAGUACAUCUUGGCCCAGGUUGGAUUUUCUGUCGGUUUAGGGAAUGUGUGGAGAUUUCCAUACCUGUGCCAGAAGAAUGGAGGAGGUGCAUAUCUUGUGCCAUAUUUAAUAUUGCUGCUGGUAAUAGGCAUCCCACUUUUUUUCCUGGAACUCGCUGUUGGACAGCGAAUCCGAAGAGGGAGCAUUGGUGUGUGGAAUUACAUCAGCCCUAAACUAGGCGGGAUUGGAUUCGCAAGUUGUGUAGUGUGUUUCUUUGUGGCCCUCUACUACAAUGUUAUCAUUGGCUGGAGCUUAUUCUAUUUUUCACAAUCUUUUCAGCAGCCUCUUCCAUGGGAUCAGUGCCCUCUGGUGAAAAAUACUUCUCACACUUUUGUGGAGCCAGAAUGUGAAAGGAGUUCUGCCACGACCUAUUACUGGUAUAGAGAAGCCUUGAAUAUUUCUGACUCCAUCUCAGAGAGCGGGGGCCUCAACUGGAAGAUGACAGUCUGCUUACUGUCUGCCUGGGUCUUGGUUUGCUUAGCAAUGAUCAAAGGCAUUCAGUCUUCAGGCAAAAUCAUGUAUUUUAGUUCACUUUUUCCAUAUGUGGUACUCAUAUGCUUUCUAAUCAGAGCCCUGCUUUUAAAUGGUUCAAUUGAUGGCAUCCGUCAUAUGUUUACCCCUAAGCUUGAAAUAAUGUUGGAGCCCAAGGUCUGGAGAGAAGCUGCUACUCAGGUGUUUUUUGCCUUAGGACUGGGGUUUGGUGGAGUCAUCGCCUUUUCAAGUUACAACAAGAGAGACAACAACUGUCAUUUUGAUGCUGUCCUGGUGUCCUUCAUCAAUUUUUUCACUUCGGUCCUGGCCACAUUGGUAGUGUUUGCUGUUCUGGGCUUCAAAGCAAACAUCGUAAAUGAGAAAUGCGUUAGCCAAAAUUCUGAGAUGAUUGUUAAGCUUCUGAAAAUGGGCAAUAUUAGCCAAGAUAUCAUUCCUCAUCACAUCAACUUAUCAGCUAUAACCGCUCAAGAUUAUCAUUUAGUUUAUGACAUCAUUGAGAAGGUGAAGGAAGAGGAAUUUCCUGCCCUUCAUCUCAACCCAUGUCAAAUUGAAGAUGAGCUUGAUAAAGCCGUACAGGGGACGGGGUUAGCUUUUAUUGCUUUCACUGAAGCAAUGACCCAUUUCCCUGCCUCUCCCUUCUGGUCGGUGAUGUUCUUCCUCAUGCUCAUAAACUUAGGACUUGGCAGUAUGUUUGGGACCAUCGAAGGAAUCAUAACACCGAUUGUCGAUACCUUUAAAGUCAGGAAGGAGAUACUUACUGUUGUCUGUUGUCUUCUGGCAUUUUCUAUUGGCCUGAUAUUUGUGCAACGUUCUGGAAAUUAUUUUGUCACAAUGUUCGAUGACUAUUCUGCUACUUUGCCUCUGUUAAUUGUGGUCAUUUUGGAGAAUAUUGCGGUGUCGACUAUUUAUGGCAUAGACAAGUUCAUGGAAGAUCUGAAGGAUAUGCUGGGCUUUGCUCCUAACAGAUAUUACUACUACAUGUGGAAAUAUGUGUCUCCCCUAGUGCUCUUGUCGUUACUGAUUGCCAGCACGGUUCAAAUUGGAUUAAGUCGACCUGGCUAUAAUGCGUGGAUAGAAGAUAAGGCUGCUGAAGAAUUUUUGAGCUUUCCAACUUGGGGCCUGGCGCUCUGUAUAAGUCUGAUGGUCUUAGCGAUACUUCCUGUCCCAGUUGUCUUCAUCAUCCGCUGCUGCAACCUUAUUGAUGACAGUUCUGGCAAUUUAGCAUCUGUGACCUAUAAGAGAGGACGGAUCAUUAAAGAACCUUCUAAUUUAGAAGGAGAUGAUGCCAGCCUCAUUCAUGGAAAGAUAGCAAGUGAGGUGCCUUCUCCAAAUUUUGGUAAAAAUAUUUAUCGAAAGCAGAGUGGUUCUCCAACUCUUGAUACAGCUCCCAAUGGACGGUAUGGAAUAGGGUACUUAAUGGCAGAUAUGCCCGACAUGCCAGAAUCCGACUUAUAG